AAUAGCAUCGACAGUUACCCAUACUUCCAAGCCUGCGCCCCCCCCCCCCCCUCCCCCUCUCUUUCGGCUUUACUUCUCUCGAGCCUCACACUGCGCCGUCGUCGGUAGCCGACAUCGAUCGGAGUAGCAAAUUCGUUUCAGAAAUUUAAGGGGAAGAACUUGCUUUUGCACAACACAGUCCAGAGAAAUCCCGAUUCCCAUGGAAGUUGAAACAGUUUCUACUCAAACCCCAAAGGACUCUGGCUAUUUGCCACCGAAGCCACAGUUUGAGCCUUUGAAGGCACAUGAGAUGUCUGAUGGUCGAGUGCAGUUUCGGAAGGUCUCUGUCCCACCUCAUAGGUAUUCACCUCUUAAGAAAGUAUGGAUGGACAUCUACACUCCAGUAUAUGAGCAGAUGAAGAUUGACAUCCGUAUGAAUCUCAAGGCUCGUAGAGUUGAAUUGAAGACUAGACAUGACACACCAGACAUAAGUAACCUACAGAAGUGUGCAGAUUUUGUGCAUGCAUUCAUGCUAGGUUUUGAUGUAAUAGAUGCUAUUGCCCUUUUGCGUAUUGAUGAGCUGUAUGUGGAAUCUUUUGAGAUCAAGGAUGUCAAAACACUUCGUGGUGAGCAUUUGUCCCGUGCCAUCGGAAGGCUGUCUGGUAAAGGUGGCAAAACAAAGUUUACCAUUGAAAAUACCACAAAGACAAGGAUUGUGAUUGCAGACACAAAAAUUCACAUACUUGGAUCUUUUGCCAGCAUCAAAAUUGCAAGGGAUUCACUUUGCAGCCUCAUUUUAGGGUCACCUGCUGGAAAAGUGUAUUCAAAACUUAGAGCAGUUAGUGCUAGAUUGGCAGAGAGGUUUUGAUCAUUCUUAUAUCUGUCGUCUUUAAUAUAUUUCCCUGAUUCAUGGAUUGUUGGAUGUUCUGUAAGAUUGGAUAUUAUGAGUAUAACCAUAUAAAGUAGCGGCUAGAAUUUUGUCUGUCAAA